CCAACGGAGACCCAUUUUUAGCUGUAAAGACUCGAGUUUUGAAACAGUACGAUAGAGAGUUUGCGAAAGAGAGAAAAGUAUUUGGAAUUUUUCAUUUUAUUGGGUCUGGGUUUUAGAUUUCUGGGUGUGGAAGAUUUCUUGGGAUGGCAACAUUUGCAGGGACUACCCAGAAGUGCAAGGCCUGUGACAAGACUGUGUACUUGGUUGAUCAGCUUACUGCUGAUAACAAGGUCUACCACAAGGCCUGCUUCAGAUGCCACCACUGCAAGGGUACCCUCAAGCUUAGUAAUUAUUCCUCCUUUGAGGGUGUACUAUAUUGCAAACCUCACUUUGAUCAACUGUUUAAGAUGACUGGCAGCUUGGAUAAAAGUUUUGAAGGCACUCCAAAAACUGUUAGAGCUGACAGAUCUACCAAUCAGGUUCAGACCAACAGCAAAGUUUCAAGUUUGUUUGGCGGAACUAAAGAAAAGUGUGUUGCUUGCAGUAAAACUGUUUACCCCAUUGAAAAGGUGGCAGUUGAUGGUGUAUCAUACCAUAAGGCUUGUUUUAGGUGCACUCAUGGAGGCUGUGUGAUCAGCCCAUCAAACUAUGUGGCCCACGAGCAUCGUCUCUAUUGUAAGCACCACCACAAUCAACUAUUCAAGCAGAAGGGAAACUUCAGCCAACUUGGUAGGCACGAAGAAGUUGCAGGCGAAGGUGAGAAAUUCAGCCAAACUGACACGCAUGGAGAAGUUAAGGUGGUAGCUGACAAUGUGGUGGCAGAAUAACUACUAUGAGAAAUUUAUAUCCCACAGAUGGUGGGUUUUGAAGCAAGAGUUGGGAUGCUCUGUUGUAGUGUACAAGAAGAGGUUUUGGAAUUCCCUUUCCUUGAUAUAUAGGUAAUAUGCUACUCCGGUAUAAAUCAUUGAUAGAAGAGUCGGUAUGUUGUUAAUUUUGCGAGUGUGAGCUUUGAGAUAAUACGGAGAGAAUGUGUUUAUUUCCUCUAAUAAACUGAUGUGUCGAGCCCAGUUUUCCUUUUUUUCACCUUUGGUUUGAAGCUUGAUGUGGUUUCAUGUUCUAUAGCCUGUGUGUUGCUGCUCAUUGCUCAUUGCUAUUGACUACAUUUUUGUGUUUGUCAUCUUUGGCACUACUCUGUAAAACGCUGCUGAGCCUUGAUCUCUAUGACUUUCACACACGUGAACAUACCCAAACAACCCGAUAGCUAUGGCAUUUUGUCGUAUAUUGAUAGAUUGCCUUGGAUAGUCAUUGAAAAAGUAUGUGUUCUAGUUUGAAGUUGCCUGUGUAUCCCGAGAUUAGUUAGUACUUUAUUCUGAACAUUCGGCUCCAAUAAAAAGAAAAACCAGUUUGAAGUUAUUAUCUU